GUUACCAUUUUUAUUUACCCCCACUUAAAAAAUUCAAGCUACAAUGAAUUAAUUUUUCAAUCAAUUCAAACCGUGAUGUUAUCCUUUCGCUAUCGUUUCUCUUCUUUCGCAACUUGUUCUCGGAGACUCUUGUUCCCUGUUCCUUCUCAAACACACACUCUAACAAAAAUCUCCACAAAUCACUCUCUCUGCUCUGUAAAACCCAUUAAACAAAAUAAUGCCUUCUUUUCUGUUGCUGUUGCCAAUGACAUUCAUUCUUCUUCUUCUCUCUCCAAAGAUUCUCCCUUUUCAGGGUUAGAGGAUGUUUUUGUGAGCUUCCUCUUUGGAAAGAAAAAGGCAACGGAUGUUGCUCACAUGGUGUGGAAACAUGUUGUUCAGAAAGGAGACACGGUCAUCGAUGCCACGUGCGGCAAUGGUUUUGACACCUUAGAGUUGCUCAAUUUGGUAGCUGAUGAUUCAAAUAAUGGUUAUGUGUAUGCAUUGGACAUUCAGAAAGAUGCUUUAGCUAAGACUUCAUUGUUGUUGGAUGAAUCGCUUAAUUCCUAUCAGAAACAUGUCAAGCUCUUCAAUAUUUGCCAUAGUAAAAUGGAGGAAGUUGUUCAAAGGAAUUCCUCUGUUAGGCUUGUUGCGUUCAACUUGGGUUAUCUACCGGGAGGCGACAAAGAAAUAAUAACAAGAUCAGAAACAACAUUACAAGCAUUAGAAGCUGCAGAGAGAGUUGUAAUACCAGGAGGGCUUAUUAGCAUAGUCGUAUAUGUCGGACACCCCGGUGGAAGAAUCUGUUCAGGGAAGAAAUGGAGACUGUUGAAACUUUUGCUGCUAGAAUGUCUGUUGAGAAUUGGAUCUGCUGCAAGCUACAAAUGUUAAACCGGCCAUUUGCUCCAAUACCAAUUUUCUUAUUCAGAAGAUAAUGUAAAAAGUCCUUAUAUAUAUGAUUGCAAGAAUUCUAAGGAUCCUUGAAGAUUGUACACUCUUUUAUUGAUGUUAACUAAGCAUCUUUUGUUAUUUUUUUAUACCUAGUUUCUUUGUUACAGUUGAUUAACUCUUAACUCUUGAGUGAUUUGUUCAAUCUUAGGAGGUUUCUUGGACUUUA